CAAAAGUCAUGCUUCUACUUUGGAAUUGGGUGGCGGACCUUCGUCACGUCGUGCGACCACGCUGAAAACUUACGGAGAUAACGAGUCUAAUAGAGGUUCUUCAGACUGCUACAAGGAGACGACGAGCAGCCAGGAUUUUCGCAGCAUCAACGCGUUUGCGAUUCUUGCUCUGGACAUCGACGCUGAGACAGAGAAGGACUCCACGAUCACGACAUCCGCCGAAAAGCUAGUAGUUGACCGUACGAGUAGCAGCGGCCGCAGCGUGGUUGCCCGUUCGCAGGGCUGUUCCUCCUCCGAGAGGGAUAGUCGAAAUGCGACGCAGAAGUCUGCAGAAGCGAAUCCUUACCGGAGGGCGAAAAAACGCCACGCAAGAGGCUACUUGAUGAAGAGGCCACAGAAGAGGACGGCGAGGCAGCAGGCUAGCCAUGAAGAAAAACCGACCAUGCAAACAAAAAAGAAUGACGAGGCGGGCACCAAGGAGCAAGAGCAGGAGAACGACCUUACCACGAGAAGCAGGCAGGAGGCCUGUCCUCCAUGCUGGGCGUUUUGCGUGGCGUCCUUUUCGGGUCUUGUUCCGUACAGCUACGGCAGCCCCCUCUCGUCCACCUCGGUCCAUUUUGCGCGGAUGCUGGACCGAAACAGCAGCAGCGCUGUGGCCUUACCAAGUACCAGCGCCCAACGAAAAACGUUGUCGAGCAAAAUGAAGAAACCAGUCCACCAAGGCACGGCCAAGUCGAGCUGCAAUAAGAUGAGGAAAUCGGCCCCAAAUCUUCAGUGCAGCGCCAAUCGCUCUCCCCCAACAGCGGGGCACGCAAGUAGCUGCUCCUUGCACGAUGUGGAGCCGGUCACCAACAUGGGCAACUACAGGGUGACCAAAUUGUCAGGCGUUUUGUCGCAAUCGGAUGCGUUACUGUUGCACGGUCGUCCGACAGUCUUUGUUAAAGUCUUGCGGGGCAUUAUUGCUACUCUUGCUGACUUUUCGCGCCAACAUCUUCUGCCCGUCUGGACUAGUAUGUUGGCACUUCCGAACACGGCUGCUGCUGUCGUUGGCGCGCUCGCAUUUCGUGGACCUGCAAAGAGUGCUUGCGCUGGUUCUUUCGUCCUUCGUGGCUCUACGGUGGUCGACGGCAGCUCCAGAUGGACGAAUCAGCCACAGGCCAGACUCACAGCCUGGCGCAAACAGUGCGAAAGCAGUGUGCUGGCGAUGGGUUCCGCUGGUCUGUCACGUUUUGCAUUGUUGCUGCUGCUGGGCCUUCUCGUAUCUUGCGGAAUGGCGGCCGGCCAAGACGCGUGGGGGGAGGAUGAGAAGCCAUGGGGAAAGGAUGAGAAGCAAUUUGAGGACCUUACGAAAAGUUCCGCCACAUUGCCGGCCACCUGCAAUGGGGUAAUAGGCCACGGCGAAUGGCACUCUGCAUGGCUACGCGUUAUUUUUCCGGGCGCCCCCGAUGUUCAUUCGCAGCACUGGGUUCUUAGGUUGGUCCCAGCGGACUUCAAAAAAACCAAGGCAGACGAGACAGCGUUGUGGGCUCUUUGGCAGGCCCUCGGUGACAAGGAGGACACUUCACCGUCGAACGAAGCAGGCGAGUACUUUGCUAAAGAUUGCUCACUCUGAUGCUAGCCACGUCUGUCUUCUAGCGUAUCUAUUGAUAGAGCCACAGCAAAGGAGGCAGCAGAGCUUCUGUCUAAUGCUGCGCGGCUCUUCAAGUUAAGAUGACUACCACGGCGCGAAGAUUAGGCGUGCUUUUCAUGGGAGGGAGAGGAGGAGGCCAGGGGCGGCGAGAGGAGAACAAGCGAAGGGAAGGGGAGACGAGAAACACAGGACGAGGCAAGAGGAGGGGCGCGGGGAGUGCCGAAAGGGGCGGCGGGGGGGACGGCGUUAGGGGGAGGGAAGAGCGGACAGCAAAGAGGCGCCGCCCGAAGUAGGGGCGCAGGGGGAAAGCAGCGAGGCGGGGCGAACAAAAUGCAUGACAGACAUAGAUGAGGGGGACCCGCGUGGCGGCGGCGGGGGUGAGGGCUCCGAGAGGGGUGAGGGGUGGAAACACCCACCGCGCCGCCCGUACAGCAGCAACCCUCCCAAAGGGGUUCCGUAGUGGAAUAGACCCUCAAAAAAAGAGAAACCGCGGAGGGGGUAGAGGUUCGCCCCGGGUCGAACCUUGGCCGCGGGGAGCCCGCUGUGGCCGGGUCGUGCAGUGGAUUAGACACCCGAGAGCGAGGCAAUCGCGGAGGGGGCAGAAAUGUCCUCCGCGCUGAACCCCGCGCCGGGCCCCUUGCGGGGCCGUCAGCUAGCGGGGCUUAGCGUAGCCCUCUGUGGAACCCGCAGGAGCAGGCCGGAGGAGCGCAAAAAAAAAUCCCCGCAGGCGGCGCCGGCGGAAGCUCGGAGGAGGGAGCCCGCCAGGAGGUCCGCCAGAGCUUACCCGAGUUUGUGUCUGUGUGGCUUUGGCAGGCGUUCUAGGAUCACCGCCCGGAUUCGCUGCCGCGGCCCGCAGGUCAGGAGCGGGGGCAGAACCUCCGGCGGAACCUUGCAGGAGCUUGAAAUCGCAGGAACGGGCUGCGGGACCUACCUUGCCUUGUAGAAGCCUCGCAGGGGCCUCCCACUCAGGGGGCUGCCUUUUUUUAACGUCGCCCGCCUUUGCCCGCUAGAGUGAGAGAAGCAAGCGCAGGCAGCGGCAUCAGUUUUUUUUUACAUUAGUGGAAAAGGGUGCCGGUGCGGAGGGUGCAGGCGGGGCUCAUGCCUUUCGCCUUGACCGCGCUUCUCUGUCGGUGUUCUUUUGUCUAAGCUUUGUGUUGAAGUUGGGCACCUGUAUGGGAUUGGGUGAGAGAGUUCAAAACGGCGGCGCCUUUAUUCCUCCCCACCCCCCUGAAAACUCUUCUUGCUGUGCUCGUUCUGAUUGUUUAUUUUCCCAGUGCAGGGCCAGUCGGUUCUGGGUCUUUGAUUAGUCACCGCCUAGCCCUUCACUCUUUGUAUUAGUCGAAAGUUCACUGACAGCCCAUUAGCAGGCUAGAGUGGUUGGGAGAAAUCGCUAGGGGGUUGCUGAAUGGAUUCGACCCCUCAUAAUUUUAGGGGGCUUCUCGCUCCUCGAGCGACCCUCGGCGGAUCCGCCUCCGACCCCUCGAUGGACCCACUCCUGACCCCACGAAGAUAGGAGGCGUCUCGCUUGUGGUAGCCGUGAAGUUAAUUCUUGGGAGAAUUAAUUUUAAUGUUUGGGAGAAUAAAACGUUGGGGCGGGGGGCGGGUCCAGGGGGAGAUCGGGAUUUGGGGCCAGAAAUAGGUCCAAAGGGAGGUCCGGUGGAGGGGCUUUCGGCGACUUCGGUUCUUGGGGCCAGGGGUGGGCCUAGAGCGAGGGCGGGCCCGUCGCUCGAGGGUGCGCGCCGGGCCGAUGCGGGUUGCGCGUUUUGGGUCAAAUUAGGUCGGGGGGGUGGGCCGAGAGGGCGGGCGGGCAUUCUUCCUUUCAGGUGCGUCGGCUGAAGUCCGUCGGGCUUGUUCAGGUGGGGGGCCCGCGAUGGUUGCAGGCUGCUCGCUUCGGUUUGAGGUGUGUCGGUGUGGGUUUCGGUCGCGGUGGGUCUCUGGGCGAGGUGGUGGAGGAGGGUGAGGCGCGCGUCGCUGUGUCGAUGCGGGUCAGGUCGGGGCCGCCGCAAAUGUGUAGCGGCGGGCCGGGGGCGGCGUGGAUUGGCCCCGUUGUAGGUCGAGGCUGACGCGCGUAGGCUUCCUUCUGGUUCUGCUACCGCGCGAGGCAGUUGGCGGUGGGUUGGUCGCCGCCGAUGGUGGUGCGACGAGGCUGGACGGGGAAAUUCAUUUAAGACGAGACAGCCCUUGGGGGGUAGGCUGGUCUUGGUGCUGUCAAGGCGGCCGGGUGGGCUUGUUAGCCUUGUUAGUAUCGGUAUGUGUGAAGGGAGCCGGUCACGCUCGUUUUUCUUGCGUAUUAUUGUGCUAACCGCUUCCCGAAUAGUCCCAGAAAUUUAUCGCAGGAGCAUCGCAUCCACGAGGGUGGAAGGAGUCUAAAAACCUACAAAAGACGCCGGCGUCUAAAUGUCGCCACACGAAACAAACUGCAAAAACCCCGGGGCUGCGUCGGGGUGUUUCGGCUCCUCUUUUAUGGUGUGCUGUGCAUUCGGCGCCCAUGGGUCUGGAUUUUGUGUCCUUGUCAGUCGUGCUUCCCUUGUCUGACGGCCUGCCGAGGAGUCUGUGUCUGUGUCGUUGGCGUUUUGAUUGGCUUCGGCGCAUCAGGGUCUGGCUGCUAGCUUUUUUGUUCUGUCUGUGUGUCUUCUUCCCGUGGAUCGCGACGGCGUAGCGCUGGCCAGGUCUUUGGAAGUGUCGCAGAUUCGUGACUUGGUUCCCCCUCUGCACAUGGGGGCCCGGGUCUGGCUACCUGUUCCUCUUGUUUGGGUGUCUUCUUCCAAUGAGUCGCGACGGCAUAGUGCUGCUGUGGCCAGGUCCGUGGGGGUGUCGCUGGUUGGUAGUUAAGUUGCAGGCCCAAGCGGAUCUGGCUGACCGUUUUUAUUUUCGUCUGACUGUGUGUCUUCUUACUUCUCGGGAAUCGUGGCCGACGGCAUAGCGCUGGGCAGGUCGGUGGGAGUGUCUUUGGCAGUUUGGUCUUGCUGGAUGUCGAGGGAGGGGGGCCUGGCUGCCUAUGCUUUCGAUUUGUCUUCGCGUUUUGUUUCUUCCCACAAAUCGCGACGGCAUGGCGCUGGCCAGGUCGGUCUGUGGCAGUGUCGUUGGCAGCGGGGUCCCUGCGCGCAGGGGUCUGCCUUGGGUGCCAGUUUGUUCCAUCUGAGUACAUUCGUUCCACGGAUCGCGAUGUGGCGCUGGCUAGGUCUGUGCCCUUGGGAAUUUCUUUGCUUGGCAAAGGCAACGAGGUCCAUGCGCAUGGGGAUCGAUCCGGCUGCAAUUUUUCGGCUUUUCUGUUCUCCGUUGGUUGUCGUUGGUUCUCUGUAGUGGUUUGCGUGGACAGAGCGUGGCGCCCUCCUUAGUUGCUCCUGGAGGAUUGCGUGUAGGUUACAGAACGGGGCAGCCUUUUACACUUUGGGCGCAGGCUUGAUGGGGCUUUCAGGUGUCUCCUCGGUGGUCGGGUGGGCGUGGCUGGUCUGAAGUGUGUCGGAAGUGCAUCGCGCGUCGCCGUUGGCAGGGAGGGGUGUCGGCGUAGUUGGCAUGGCAGACGGCAAGCGGCGCGCAUUGCUGGCCGGCGGGCCUUGGUUGGUUCUGCGUGCCCUUUGACAGUUUGCGCGCCUUGCUUUGUUUUAGUCUGACUGUCGGGCGCGCGGUAGUGUGGGCGCGUCAUGGCAGUGCCACACCAUUCACUUCAGGCCGCAGGGAGUUAGUCCUCCUCCCUUUGCUUGGCGGGUUUCGUUCUUUUUACUGGCUCCAAAGGUUGGGGCGCCAUGACUCUAAUACUGGAAAAAAUUCAAGCAAGGACUGAAAAAGCCCGGACAAGAUUGGGCCCUUCUUGUCAUGUCGUGAACCCGCUGAACGCUCGCCGCCUUCCUACUGCUCUUUUUGAGGAAAACAGCCCGCCAAUUACGAGCAAAGAACCUCGGGCACCCUCCAAAUCCCUCCAGAAUCCCCCAGCACAUAUUAGCAGGCUAAUGCGGUGGACUUUGGAGGGGCGCGGGGAAUCACAUGAAACGAAACCAAAAGACAGAAAAACCAAGAGGGAGCAAAUUGCAAAAGCCGCAAAGCGGAGCACUUACUUUCAGGACUGGGAGGCGACAAUAGUGACCGUUUUCGUGCAGUUCUUGGCUGACUUAGCGCCAUGCCAAUCAACCACCUGCGGAAGCACCAGAGGCACAGAGAGCACGCUGCACCAUCGAAACGCAACAAAAAGAGGAGGCGCGAGCCCUUUGGAACUGAAGCGGCAAGCGGUCCGGCCCUCCCUGAAAAUCGCAACGAAACUGAGUGGGCGUCUCUAUUGUUUGCCGCGUUCUGGAUCGCAGCCCGCAAGUAGGCCAUUGAUUGUCGGGAAAAAUCUGACGGCAUCUCCUCAGCGUUUUCGUCAAGAGUGGCCUUGCGAUCUGGAACACGCCAAACAGCAGAGGGGCCCACCUAAUUCCGGCGAAACCUCUGAAAAGUUCCCCACUGAAAUACUCCAAAAGAGCGCGAACAAAGCCAGCAGGCCCGCGACAAUCUUCGCACACACGGCGGCGCGCGUGAGUGGUCUGACCGUUUAAGAGGAGGCGGCGGCGUGUCUCUCUUCCUUGUAACUAAUCGCGCCCGGCGUGGGAGCCUCGGGGCGCCUGGAGGUCAAAGCCCCAACACUUGACAACAUGAAACGACUCAAGGACGAAGAACCUCAGGCGGGGCGCGUCAAGCUUCUCCGAUUAUGGUGAAAAGCCUGACCACUGACAAGAGGAGAAAACCCAGGCAAGGACUGCAAAAGCCCGGACAGCUUUCAGCCUCUCCGAGCAUGCUGUGAAUCCGCAGAACACUCGCCGCCCACUGCUCUCCUGUAAGGAAAACCUUCCCCCAAUUACGAGCAAAGAACCUCGGGCACCCUCCAAAUCCGCGCGCCUCUCCAGAAUCUCCCAGCACACUUUUGCAGGCGGGUGCGGUGGACUCUGGAGGGGCGCGGGGAACCACAUGAAACGAAACCAAAAGACAGAAAAACGACGGGGGAGGAAGUUAUAAAAUUCGCGAAGCGGAGCACUUCCAGGACCAGGAGGCGACGGCAGUAGAUAGCUGACGCAGCGCCAUUCCAAUCAACCACCUGCGGAAGCACCAGACCAGAGGCACAGCAAGCACACGACACGGUCGAAACUUAACAAAAAGAGGAGGCGUGAGCCCUUUGGAACUGAAGCGGCAACCGGUUUGGCUUGUCUUGAAAACCGCCGCAAAAUGGAGGGAGUCCCUCGACCGUUUGCCGUGUUCCAGGUCGCCACUUUUGGAAAAACUCAAACGAAAUGCCUUCAGCUUUUUCGUCAAGAAUGGCCCGGCGAUCUGGAACGCGGCAAACAGUAGAGGGGUUCACUCAAUUCGGCGGAACCUCUGAAGAGUUCCCCACGGCACUGAGGUACUAGCUUCAAAAGAGUGCGAACAAAGCCAGCAAACCCCCCGACAAUCUGCGCACACACGGCGGCGCGCGUGAGUGGUCUGACCCUUUAAAGGUGGCGGCGUGUCUCUCUUCUUUGUAACCCAAUGAAUCCCACCAGGCGUGAGAGCCUCGGGGCGCCUGGAGGUCAAAGGCCCAACGCCUAACGACAUGAAAAGACCCAAGAACGAAGAACCCCGGGCGGAGCGCCUCGGACUUCUCUGAUUAUGGUGAAAAGUCUGACCACUGACAAGAGGAGAAAACGCAGGCAAGGACUACAAAAAUCCGGGCAGUAUUCUCACAUGCUCCCAGUGCGUGGAGCGGCCUCCUGAUGCCACUAAACUGCCAAACUCGACCACCAACUUAGAGCGGCCCAAGUUUUGGGCUUUAGUUCCUUGAGUUUGGCACUUUAGCCGCGGCGAACACCGCGACCAAAUGUUAUGCUUGAAGUUCCUUAUUCGCUAUAUUGUAGAAUAGCCUCCGUCACAGCUGAAAAUAGUGCGAGCAUUGCUACGGUGGGUCUGGGAGGCUUUCGGCCCAAGGUGAGCCCACAGCCUUGCGCCUGACGUCCAUUCCUCAUGGGCGGACGUUGGUUGCUGCUCGCGCUUGGUGUCAGUAGUACUGCAACUUCGCUGGCCCGGUUCGCCUGAGUCUUGGAAUGGGGAGGUCCGCAGACAAUCGCGCCACCUCCAUGCGUUGCGCGGGGCGAAGCGCUACCUCGGGCUGUGACUUGCAGGCGAUCUGAUGGGCGUCGCCUCGUGGGCCAUGCCAUGGAGGGUGCCUGGCGAUCUGGCCACUGCCGAAGCCGUGCGCGGCUACCAUCUGCUGGAACGGCAGCGGGGCUGUGGGUCGCCACAAGAGAGUGCAAGCCCACCGCGGUCUCGGUCUUCUCUUGAAAAUUGAAAAUGCAGCAUUUUGCUCAAAAAGCAGCUCUUUUCUUGUAUUUUGCAAAAAGUUAGCUCUAGUCGCUGCCUGGCGGUGACAUUUUGGCCCUGUUGGGAGGCAGGUGCUGUAGUUCGAUGCAGCUCGCAAAAUAAGGCCACUCCAAUAAAUCACGCAAAAACGGAAAAUGCAACACUUUGCGCCAAAAAAACGCAAAGUGUUGCGUUUUCAUUGAGAGAGCACGAAAAUACAACAAAAACCCCAGACUUCGCAUCUCGGUGUCGCAGAUGGUCGAAAGCUAGAAUCUGCAAAAAAAAAUAGUCUGUAAAUUGCCUGAGAUAGUCUGUAAAGCAGUCAGUUUUCAACUUGAUUACAGACUAUUUUAGAGACUAUGCCAAUUUUUUGGCCGACUAUUUCCAGACUAUUUUACGCAAUAUUUUACUUUUUUUGCAGACUUUACGUUUUGCUCAUCUGUGACGCGGGGGCGUGAUAUCUGGGGUUUUUUCUGUCUUUCUGUGCUGUGUUUGUCAAAAUGCAACAUUUUGCGCUUUUUUGACACGAAGCGUUGCGUUUUCCAUUUUUGCUUGUUUUGUCGGAGGUGUCUUUUUUUGAGAGCUGGAUCGAACUACAGCACUUGUAGCCCAAGAGGCCCAGAAUGCUUCUGCCAACCAGUGGCUAAAGUUGGUUUUUUGCAAAAUACAGACAAAGGAGAGGGCCACUUCUGGAACAAAGUGCUGCUUUUUCAAUUUUUGCUGGAAGCCCGCGGAUUAGUUCCACGCCAGUCUCCAGGAACAGCGGCACGAGGUGCGUGGCCUUAUUUUCUUCAAAGGGCCGCUUUUGACCUUGGGGUCGCCAUCCCGGACUGCCGGUCGUCGCGGGUGCCUGACCGUGGCAGCCACGGUUUUGCGUGUAUCGUGGAUGUUUUCUUUGUUCCUAUCUCCCUGCCCUCUGCGGGAGGGAGUGUUUGGGCCCGCGUGAGCCUGACCAAGUGCCAGCGCCACUGCGUCCUGCCUUCGUAACUUCUUGCUAAGUAAAGUCUCUCCGACAUUGCGGCCGCUGUGACGCGUGUCACGCGAGUCGGAAUGCCUGGGGUCGCUCAAGAAAUCAGGACUGUGGAUAGGCUAUUUUUAUUUGACAGGUAUAAGGGGACUUCUACCUAGCACUACAAAUGGCCAAGCUCAGUCCACUAGUCAAAGGUGUAAGUGAGAUUCAAAAUAGAAGAGAAAUAAAGCGUAGAAUAAAGGAGUGAGUGUCUUCCUUGGGCUAGUGGAACUAGUGUGAUACUAAUCCUUUUCCCGCCCUUUCUUCCUUCCCUACAAGCCUGUAUCCUCCUCGUCGAGGAAUCCUGCCGAGCAGCGUGCGCAGUCCCACCCAUUUUCGCUUCAGUUCAGAUCAACUGUUAGUAAUUAGGGGCUAAUCACGAGCGAGAUCUGGUCUCCGCUCUUCUGUGUGUCCAUCUUUCUACGUACUCUGUGAACAGCGCCACCUCGGGUGGCGCACUCUAAUCGGUGUUGUAUUCCUCUGGUAUAAUUGAAAAUAUUGGAGGUAUAUGCCAUUAUAUACGGCUCUCACUUUUCGGCACUAUUCAUCACUACCCGGCACAAAUAUCCUGGCGAACGCCACUAAACUACGAAACUCAGCAAACUGGUCGCUAUCUCGCACUUGGUUUGCUGGGUUUUGUAGUUUAGUGGCGUCCGCCGGGAUAUUCGUGACGGAUGGCCAGUGACGAAUAGGGGCGAAUAGUGGACGGGGCUCCACCGUUUAGCCAAGCGACCAAACGGCGAAGCCCAGUAAGCUAGAGGAGUCUACGUACUGAGUUUGGCCAUUUAGAAGGGAAACUGAAUGCCCAAACUCGGGGAACUAUGUCACAAAAACCGCAGCGCGCCAAAUCCUCAAGAAAAUCAAGCAGCCACCCAAACAACAAAACCAGAAGCACCAUGGAACCGCCAGACUCGGGCUACUAAAUGCCGAAAGAAGCGCCGGCUGGUCUUAGGACUUAGGUUUUCGGGUUUUUUUCCCAAGUAGUUGGGGGCACGUAGAUACUCAGUCUUUCCGAGCAUAUUGCGAAUCCGCAGAACACUCGCUGCUGACUGCUCUCCUUUAAGGAAAACCUUUCCCCAAUCACGAGCAAAGAACCUUGGGCACCCUCCAAAUCCCCGCGCCCCUCCAGAAUCCCCCAGCGAGCAGACAUCUGCAGGCUGAUGCGGUGGACUUUGGAGGAGCGCGGGGAACCACAUGAAACGAAACUAACAGACAGAAAAACCAAGGGAAAGCAGGUUACAGAAGUCGCUAAGCGGAGCACUUCCAGGACUAGGAGGCGACAAAAGUGGUUGCCUUCGUGCGGUUCUUCUUAGUUGACUUAGCGCCAUUAUAAUAUAGCGCGGCGAUAGUGGCUUUCUGUCUUGUUAGAAACAAAGAAGGCCGCAACGAAGCCGCGACCGCCUCGGGCCCCCCUUUGCAUGGGCCUCACUCCUUUGCUGCUGUGGCAGUGGGCUGAAGUUUUGUAAUUGGAGCAGAAGAAACCUGCAAGAGACUACUAAAGAUUUUUGACAGACUGAGCCUUUUCCGGCUGAAAAGUGAUCAGUUUCCCAAAUUUUUUGAAUGCAGAAAACGCCGAGGCCGAGGGCUUCUGGAGGGCGCCACAGUAUGCGGGCGCCACCAAAAAAAAAAGUGACCAGCUUGCCCAAAUUGAAAAGUUUAGCGCGCUUUCUAUAACCUGCCAGGGAGAUUGGCCGCUAGCCAUGGCCAGCGAGCUUACUUAGCCAGCCAUAGCUCGCUGGCCCUUCUUUGCAAAUGAGCCCAGCUAGGUGUAGAGGCCAACGAGCUUGGCCAGCCAUGGCCACCGCGUGCGCGCUGAGCUAGCCACCGCCAGCGGGCUUGGCCAGUCAUAGCCAACGAACUUGCCGGGCCAUAGUCAACGGGCCCGCCUCAGCUAGCAACGAGCAUACUUGCUACCCAUAGAGAGGGCGCUUAGCAUAGCUAGCCGCACGUAGCUACCCAGCGGGCUUCGCUAGCCACAGCGAGCCUCGGUGGGCUAUGCUGGCGAGCUGGUCCGGCACUAGCUACCCAGAGCAGGUUGGCUUAGGGGCUGCUAUGGAUCCAGAGCAUCUACCUUAGCCUCCUCGGCCAGCCCUAGCAGCCCGGCUGCCUUGCUUUUUCGUCUUUUCCUUUUUAGAUUUUUUGUUAUGUUGGCGCCUGGAUCUUGUUCGGCGCUCUCUGCGCCGCAAAUUGUAGGACCGCCAGCGCCCUCGGCGUUGGCGCGAUUCCUGGUCUAUGAACAUUGGCCGCGCAUAUUUAUAAACUAAUGGAAUACCAGGGCAGGCACGCGGGCAGGAAAUAGAACAAGAGAUCUCGCGUAAGCUUCUCGAAGGUCACGCAAUAGAUCUACUCCGUCAGCCUAACUCUGACUCUUGCUCAGGCUUAUAAUUGCUGGCGCUACUCGUUUUUCAAUCUAGGUAGCCGCGGGAGAUAUGACUGGUUUGAUGUGGGUCGCUGCCUGCGUUUGCAAGUGCCAGCCCGAAAACCUUUCACUUCAGCUGCUAGUCUUACCUAGUGUGGUCGCCUUUGUAGUUUAUGUGACUGAGCAGUUGGGUGGAAUAGGAUUCAUAUUUGAACAGCUGGCAUGCGUAAGGUGGCAAGCAAAGCUUCGCGUAAAAAUGAGACUUGCAUCGGCCUCAGUCUUCCUCCUGCCUUUGCCACUUCUGUCACGAAAAAAAACAGCUACGGCUCGGACGUGAUCAUAACCUAUGGAGAAGUGGCGGAGUGGAGUAAGCACUUUGUCAAGCCGAUGACGUGUACUGCUCCUAGAGGAAAAUUCGAGCUUCGUUACUAUCCCAAUCCGACGCCUCUGGGGGAUCUAAAGUGCCCUCCUCCUCCUGUGAAGGAAUCCGAAUGCAGCUCGACGAACAACGGAAGCAAAGUGACGACGGAGACGGAGUGGAAGAUGAUGGCAAAUUCCCGCUACCAACGACUACGCAAAAUAAUAGAAGCCCCAGCGGAGGCACUGGCGCGUGCGCCGCCCAUGGCACUUUGGAACGCUUGGGCUUUCUCCAGAUUGGCCGAGAUGGCAGCUCUUGGCAAGACCGUCGGCGAGGCAGACGGCGCUGGGUCUCCAAUAGUGUGGGUGCGUGGCUACAUUGAGGGUGGCGGCGAAGCGGCCUUUGGGCCACCUAAGUGGCGUAUUGUCGUCGUGCAGAAGCGUUUCGAGACGAACCUUGGAAAGUGGGUAAAGGGGGCCAGGAGUCAAGCUGGAAAAGGAGGCCAGGCGGUCGUCAACGCGAUGAAAAGCGCCGCGGAAUCGGUGCGGAACUAUCACGAGAUGGGCAAGGCGCAUAGAAUGAUCCACCCAAAGAACAUGCUUGCUCACGUAGUAGACACUGGCAAGGUAGAGGUUGUACUCGGCAACUUGAUGGGUAUUGUAGAACGCGUGCAAGCUAUUUUGCAGACUGAUCCCGUGCAAGAACCAGUACAACCUAAUUUGCAGACGAGUUCGAGCAAUUCGUGUGAAGAAGAAGAGCUAAUUCGCGGGGGCUGGCAAGAUGUGACUAGAGGAGGGAGAGCUGUCGCCGAUCUUGGGUCGCCGUGUUCCGUCAAAAAUUACUACAGCGCAUACCCAGUGGCCGUCGACUUUUACUCCGCGAUGGGUGGGGACACGGAGUCGAGGCCGCUAGAGUAUAUUGAUCCGGCAGCUGUGACGCGGUUUAAUGCCCGUGGAGACAGAUGGCAAAGCGGUGACGUGACUUAUCAGCAGUCUGACGUAUGGUCUGUCGGCGUCAUGGUUCUUAAAAUGCUGAAGCAAUUCUUUACAGAUACAGCAGGAGACAACGACACGGAGGCAGCAGACACUUAUGAGCUUUUGGUCUAGAUUUAAUGGAAAAGGGCCAGCUGAAUGAUUGAACUCAUGCCCGCAUUUCUAUUGCCGGACUUUUUGGUGAGUUCCGCUUCUUUGUAAAUCGUUGCCCUGCAGCGAAUGUAUGUCGGCUUUCACCUUUUUGCAUCCUGAUCCUGAUUCUGAAGGAGUGCAUCCUGAUCCUCGAGGAGUAGCCGGCCAAUGUACAUCUUUUCCCCCGUCUUACUCCUUUCAGCCGGCGUUUCAACUUGUUACUUAGUAAGUAGAAUUAUGACUCUUCGCCAUCUUUCUCGUUGUUGUUCAUCAUUGGUAUUAUAUAUGUUCCAGGGCUCAGGGCUGAAGGCCCCCCCCGAUCUAACUUUUUGAGGGGGGGGCCUCCCAGCCCCGGACCCUCUUUUCGAGGGGUUACCGGGCGGGAAGGCCUCAAAGCGCCCACUUCUGACCCCCUCCCGCUUGUUGCGUGUACCCUCCAGACCUGGCAAAGGUGGCAAAGGCUGGGCCCUCUUGUCGUGUUGCCUGUACCCUACAGACCUGGAAAGGAUGGCAAGGCUGGAGCCCUCUGGCGUGUUGCAGGUACCUGACAGAGCUGGCAGAGGAGGCAAGGCGGGGCCCACCCCCUUGGCGUGCUGCAUGGACCCGACAGACCUGGCAAAGGUGGCAAGGCUGGUGCCCUCUGGCGUGUUGCAUGUGCCCAGCCCUACAGAUCUGGCAAAGGUGGCAAGGCUGGACCCCUCUGGCGUGUUGCAUGUGCCCAGCCCUACAGACCUGGCAAAGGUGGCAAGGGUGGACCCCUCUGGCGGGUUGCAUAUGCCCAACCCUACAGACCGGGCAAAGGUGGCCGGGCUAGACCCCUGUGGCGUGGUCCACCCCCGAUCCAUCCACAGGGGGGGGGCCUCCCUCCCUGGUACAUAUAUAACUCUUCACUGAGAUCGACACUCCAAGAAGUGGUGGCACUGGAACAAGUCAGACUCAAUGUAGCGCCAGCAGUCAUACUCAAUGUAGCGCCAGCAGUUGCCCCAAGCCUGUCGCGUGGGUUCCAAACAGCGACGUCGCAUGACCGUUAUCUUAUUGUUAUUCUUUGAAGCCUUUGAGUUCGAUGAAAGUUCUAACGCAUCAUAAAAGCCGUCGAUGAAGUACUGAGGGUCGAGCUGCGCGCGGAGGACGAUAGUGCAAUGGCAUUGCAGAAGUGGGCGACGAAGAGUAGCUGCUCGAGAAGUUGGGGAGACUCUGUGCGCGGUUUCUUGUCCAGGAACCGACACCACGCACUUCUUGAUAACAAGCUGAGCGCAGCGCUGGACCCCACCAGUCAAGGAGCUGGAGGCUUUCUCCCAAAGCCGAAAGCAGAAAACGCGUCCAGCGAGAAAG